AUAAUCCGGAAGGCAUGGCUCAGCCAUUAUACCUCAACUGCACAGAUGCUGAAGGACGCCAAUGCUCUUGGCUCUCCUAGAGCCAGACAUGUUAAUUCCACAACUCAGAAUGUGCCUAGGGAGAUCCUAAGGGACCGUGUCAGGAACUGGAGAGCGAGCCGAGAGGAUCGUUGUGGUGGCGUUGUUGCUGGCCUACCAACAGAGUGUGAAUUAAGUGGUCUGGCGGCUUUAUAUGGGUGGGAUAUAGAUGCUGAUCUUGCCUUUCUUGACUACAAGCCACCACCGUUAACUAAAAACCUUUCUCGCGCUGGACGCGAGAAUCGCCUUGCCGGAAGGGCUGAGGACCAACCAGACACAAGAUAGCAAGAUAUGAUGAGUGGCUAUACCCCCUCUACUUUUGAUACCUGUCCUAGGUUCUUGACUCACCUUAGAUUGAUAAGAAUCGGCCCCAUGCAAGGCCAAGCGGCGC